AUGCUGGAGACCUACAGAAACCUCACUACUAUAGGAUACAUUUGGGAAGACCAUAACACUGAAGAACAUUGUCAGUGUUGUAGAAGGCAUGCAAGGCAUAAAAGAACACAUACUAGAGAGAAACCCUAUGAAUAUAAUCAGUGUGGUAAAGCCUUUACUCAAUACAGUAUUCUUCAAACUCAUAAAGGAACACAAACUGGAGAAAAACUCUAUGAAUGUAAUCAGUGUGGUAAGGCCUUUGCUCGACCCAGUGCUCAUCAACUACAUAAAAGAACACAUACUGGGGAAAAACCCUAUGAAUGUAAUCAGUGUGGUAAGGCCUUUGCAUGUCACAGUAAUCUUCAAAGGCAUAAAAGAACACAUACUGGAGAGAAACCCUAUGAAUGUAAUCAGUGUGGUAAGGCCUUUGCACAUCAUACUUCCCUUCAAUUGCAUAAAAGAACACGUACUGGAGAGAAACCCUAUGAAUGUAAUCAGUGUGGUAAGGCCUUUGCACAAAAUAGUCACCUUCAGUUGCAUAAAAGAACACAUACUGGAGAGAAACCCUAUGAAUGUAAUCAGUGUGGUAAGGCCUUUGCACGUCAUUAUCAUCUUCAAUUGCAUAAAAGAACACAUACUGGAGAGAAACCCUAUGAAUGUAAUCAGUGUGGUAAGGCAUUUGCCCAACUUGGAGGUCUUCAAAUACAUAAAAGAACACACACUGGAGAGAAACCCUAUGAAUGCAAUCAGUGUGGUAAGGCCUUUGCGCAACACAGUCAACUUCAAAGGCAUAAAAGGACACAUACUGGAGAGAAACCCUAUGAAUGUAAUCACUGUGGUAAGUCCUUUGCGCAACACAGUGCUCUUCAAAGGCAUAGAAGAUCACAUACUGGAGAGAAACCGUAUGAAUGUAAUCAGUGUGGUAAGGCCUUUUCACAUCACAGUCAUCUUCAAUUGCAUGAAAGAACACAUACUGUAUAG